AUGGCGCCUGUUCCCGACACACCACUACCACGCGUGAGAAGCACACGACCGCCCCGGCGACACAUAUCUGACUCAGCGCCAGCCAGCAAGCGGCGCAAGUACAUUCCAGGCGGACCAGGAGGCGGGGGAAGAUACGUGGAUGACGCUGGGCUAGAGACACCUGUAGGAGGAACUGGUCCCGGAGGAUACGCGUACACUGGUCCCCGUGGCCGCGUAGGACGCAUCAACGCCGAACGGCAAGGCCUGUCUCUAUCAGCACCUUCCCCUUCAUACACCCGACCCCGACGCGAAAGGCCGCCAGCUGGACCGCGUUCCAGUUCGGCCGCCGCAGUCGCCGCCGCAGUGGCUCAAAACGAUGGAUACAAGCCGCGCGAGGAGCGGAGCUGGGAUGAAUUUCAUCCGGACCUGGACAUAGACGUUGAGUUCCCUGUCUACAGCGCGGACCAGAUCGAUGGCAUCAGCCCUCAGGACAGCGCCCCAGGAACUCCGCUGAACGGUUCAUCUACCGGCCAGUAUGCCGUCGACAGUGGCAUCUCGGCCAUGCUUGACGGUCUGCGGGCGCAACAAGCAGAGAAUGUUGCGCAAGAGCAAGAAGAUGCCAGCUUAGCCGUCAACGGCUCAGGCGCUUUUGUCACACCGAAGCGACGUCCAGGCCGACCUCCUCGCAAUAGAGAUUCCAUGCUGGCUGGCCUUGGAUCGCCGCCUCGACCACGAGUCAACCCCCUUCCGACCAUGAACCCAAGGGAGAAGCUUAAUCUGCCAAAGCCAUCAGUGCGCCAAGUCGAUCCGUUCAAAGAACAUGAAGAAAGCGAGGGAGUCAAGGUCAACUAUGUCGACAAGACUAUGGCGAAUAUUGGAUACCAGGAAAGCGAGAUCUUUACAAGGCCGUCGGAGAACAGCCUGAUCAGGCUACCCGAGGGUUCUAUUGAAGAGGAUCUGGAUUUGACUCUCCAGACAGAAGCUGAAGGAACUGCCGGUGCUGUUGCCGUCGGCCGUGUCGAGUAUGAUAUGGACGAGCAAGACGAUCGGUGGCUGGAAGCACUCAACAUACAACGCAAGGAAGAAGGGGUUGAAGGCAUCAAACCUGCAAUAUUCGAAGUAACCAUCACACAGAUCGAGAAAGAGUGGCAUGCGUUGGAGAAGCGCAUACCCAAACCAAACCCCAAACCACCUCAGACGCAUCGACCACGCUCCAGUAGCGCAGCCGCAGUUAACGGAGAGCCUGCUGGCCAAGGCGAAGAGCAGGACACAAAGUGCGCCAUCUGUGACGAUGGCGACUGCGAAAAUACCAAUGCAAUAGUGUUUUGCGAUGGUUGUGACCUGGCAGUCCACCAAGAGUGCUAUGGAGUGCCUUUCAUACCAGAAGGACAAUGGCUGUGCAGACGAUGCCAAUUGGUGGGGCGCGGCACCCCUGUCAGUGAGCUUCCGGGUUGCAUAUUCUGUCCAAAUAUAGACGGCGCGUUCAAGCAAACCACUGCGAUGAAGUGGGCACAUCUGCUCUGCGCCAUGUGGAUACCGGAGGUAUCACUGGGCAAUGCGACGUUCCAAGAACCAGUACAGGAUGUUGAAAAGGUUCCCAAAACUAGGUGGAAGCUGUCUUGCUACAUAUGCAAACAGAAGAUGGGAGCAUGCAUCCAAUGCGGCCACAAGUCAUGUUUCGAGGCCUUUCAUGUCACAUGUGCACGAAGGGCUAGACUAUGCUUGCGCAUGAAGUCCUCACAUUCUUCAAACCCACAAGAUACGACUGUACUCAAAGCCUACUGCGAUCGUCAUACUCCAUCAGAUUGGAAGCGUGAGUAUGAUGUUGAGAGUGCAAUCGCAGAUGCCAAAGCUUUCUAUCGCCACACUAUGCGUCAUGUUCGAUGGCCAGACAGCCAAGCCUAUGCCCUCUCCAUCGGCUCCUCACACGCAAUGCCUUCUAUCGAAGGGCCGGAAGACGAUACCCCCGGAUCCAACAAGCGGAAGCGCGGGCAAUCUACCAAGUCCUGGAGACUUCCGUCAGGAGCACCCGUUGUUCCCCAAGCUAUCUACCACAACGUUGAGAACACGCUGAUCAAAUUCAAUGUGCGUAAACGCAAAGAGUUUGUGCAGGAGGCCUGCAAGUACUGGACGCUCAAGCGUGAGGCUCGACGCGGUGCGGCUCUUCUAAAGCGCCUUCAGCUGCAAAUGGAAGCCUUCUCGUCCAUGGAGAUUACUCGCCGUAAUUUUGCGGGCAUGGGCGCAGCUGGCAGGCCCCGACUACAGCGACGCAUUGAGUUUGCAGAACGCCUCGAGGAUGACAUGGAGCAGAUCCGUGUUUUAUGCGAAAUGGUCAAACAGCGAGAAGCCGAGAAGCUCAAGGACGUCCUGAUACUGCAGCAGAUCGUCGAUUGCAUAUACUUCCCGAUCCCUCAACUCCUUCAGCCUAUUCUGGUGCGAGCGCAAGCGCUCGAUAGUAGAGGGUAUUUUACUGAAGGAUUCAACAAUCUUCAGACAAAACUCGACGAGAAAUACUACACGUCAGUGCAGACGUUCAAUGACGAUGUAGCCGCGGUGUUGAGCGCAGAGCUCGGGUUCGCCGCGGUCACAAACGUUGGCGAGGCCGAAGAACAACUGAACAAGGUCUCGCAUAGCAGUUUGACCUCUGAGCAGAAGGAAAUGAAGAAGAUCGUAAAACGGAUUACCAAAGUUCUGCAACCUCACUUUGAGGAUGCGCUUAGGAAGGAGUCUGAGCUAGCUGGCCGUCCUUACGAGAAGUUGCCCGAUCUGGAGACGCUCCUCAAUGAAAAGCUACAACGCAGACCUAGCAUUCUUUCACAGGCUGAGACUGUUCGACAAACGACGGAAACGGACCCGACGGCUAUUGAGCAAGCUCAAGAAGAGGCCGUUGAUGGGGAAGAAGCUGCUGUGCUGAACCAAAAACCCGAGGAGAUGCAGAUGGCGCCCACACCUGACGAAAACGCUGCAGAUGCACAUCAUGCGCAUGAUGAGGCGGCGGACGAGGCAGCCAUUGCUAUUCAACUCGGACAGGACGCUCUUCACGUAUCUAGGAACCAGCCUCAGAGUGCAGUAACAGGAUCUCAUGCCGAGACCAAUGGCCGUCCCGAGCCUCUGACGCCUCCAAGGUCUGAGAAGAACCUAUUAAACCCCCUCGGCAAUGGCGGUGUCCCCUGGUAUUUUGAGACUUUCGACGUCCACGGUACUACUGUCUAUGAGGAACGGUACACUGGCCGAGAGGUACUCCGAGACAUGAGCGAGGAGCUUAGCGAGCUCGAUGAUGACGAACUAGACGGUCUGGCUGACUCGGAUCCUAUUCGGCCUACUGACACACCCGACUCCAACGUGGCGGCGAUCAAAAAAGCAGUUGCACGUAAGAGGCAGAAGAGGUCGAGAGGAUGGUAG